AUGGCCGAGGUCAAUGCGCUUUCAGCAGGUGCACAAUCCGCUCAACCGCAGACUCACGGCACGCGCACUGCGCCGACAAUGGUGAACUUGGCGGAGCCUGUACACCAAGAAGCGGCAAACGAGACGGUUCCAACGGCGGUGCCAACGCAUCACCAGGUCGGCGCGGCGUCUGGACAAGGUGAUUGGGGCGCGGUGGCAGGAGACGAUGGUGCGGGGGAGAUCCCUCUCAUCAUCGAGGACGAGGAUGUGGAAUUGAUACAAGCGGCGAUGGAAGCAGACGAAGUUGCCGCACUUCAGUCUGUGGGAGGUACGUCGGGCAUCAGUGGCGUGGAGGGUCGGCCUGCCGGUGUUACAGCGUCCACCCAGGCCGGGCAGACCGUGCAGCCGGCCCGUUUGGUGUCCACUGGCGUCAGUGUAGCCGGUUUGGUUGUUCCGCCCAUUCUGAGUCAUCCUGCCGGCUUCAUACAGGUGGAUAGGGCCUUCCAGACGGGCCCGACCGGCGUCACUGGUUCUGACCAGGCUGGUCUGGCGGGAGAGUCCACUCGGCCCACCGCCGUUACAGUGGCUACUCAGGCCGACCAGGCCGGGCCUUCGGACAGAUCGACGGGCGUCACUGCUCCGGACCUGGCGGGUCAGGCGGGCACGUCCACUGUUCUGGCCGGUGGACCAGUGGGUGAACACGCCGACAAGGAUGGACAGACCGAUCAUGCGGCUGGAGUCGGCAAAAAAAAGAAGAAACGGAAUGGUAAAGCCGCCGCAUCGCAAAAGGCCGUCGUUCCGAAAGAUCGCAGGGGGCAUGGUAUUAGGCUGGACAGGACGAGCGGUGGCGGGUGGCAGGGCGAGGUAAACCUGGCUGGAAAGAGUCGCUACACUGGGAGAUCAGACGACAGGAUGGAAGUGGCGUACCUCAACGGCGUUGCGACGACCAUUUUCAACGGACACGCCAGCCAAGUCCUGUUGGCCGAAAUGACCGGCGUUAAAGCCGAAGAAAUGACGCAGUGGAAGGCGGAGUGGGAGGAGGCGAAGGUGAUGCCAAAGGUCCUCGCCGACUUCAAACAGAAGAAGUCAUCAGGACCCCCGCUGAUGAAAGUGCUGAGGCCGGCGGUGUGGUUCGGCACUGGUUGGGAGCCGGCCAAGCGCAAGCACCAGCUCAGCGACAUCAUCAACCGCGCUUGCUUGUGCGCGGCAUUUGGGCCAGUCGCGGCAGAUGCCGUCCCCAAAACUGGUGCAGACGCCAAGCGCAUAGGCCAAGGUGUCGCUGCUUCAUCUUGCGCCGUCUGGUGCUUCGCCAAGACCGUGGCCGAGGUUGGCGAUGCGGCGGGUGAAGCGAAGGCGGCGGCACUGCUGUGUGAAGCGAGCACCGAUUUUGCUGACACUUGUCACGACGUCGUGGUUGCGGUGCUAGAAACGGCGGUUGCGAGACAACCCGUCCUGGGAGAGGUCUCGUGCAACGUCACUGACGCACUGCAGAAGGAUGCUCUUCGGAAGGCGUCCAAGGGCUGUGACCCCACACCCGACGCAGAGAUUAUCGCGAGGGCGACUAUCGAGACCCUCGCUUUCUGGGGGUCGUGCAACGCCGGCGGCCUACUUCUCCGAGCACGCGGCAUUCAAGUGCCGCUGGACAAGCAGAUGGAGAAGGAUAUGGAUAACAGGGGAAAGAAGGGACAGAAGAGGAAGCACGCCGCGUAG